AUGGUGAACCAGUCCUUUGUAUCAGAGUUCCUGCUCGAAGAGUUUUCAGAGGUUCGGGAAAUGCAGAUUUUUCACUUCCUUCUAUUCCUGGUUUUGUACUUGGCUACAGUAACAGGGAACCUUCUCAUCAUCUCUGCAGUAGCUUUCGACCGCCGACUGCACACCCCCAUGUACUUCUUUCUGAUGAACUUGGCCAUACAGGACCUUGGAUCUGUUUCAGUCAUUGUUCCCAAUACCUUGGCUAAUUCCCUCAUGAAUACCAGACACAUUUCUUACUCUGGGUGUGUUGCUCAAGUUCUCUUAUUUGUCUUCUUUUUAGUAUCCGACGUCUCUCUCCUGACCGUCAUGGCAUAUGAUCGGUAUGUUGCUAUUUGCAACCCAUUACAAUAUGAGAAGCUGAUGAACAAGCAAGCCUGUGUCCACAUGAUUGCCUGUGUAUGGAUCACUGGUCUUCUCUGUGCUGUGUUACACACUGGAUGCACCUUUGCAACCCCCUUCUGCUCCAGUGUUGUCAAACAGUUUUUCUGUGAAAUCCCACAGUUGCUAAAGCUCUCCUGCUCUGGUUUGAACCUAAAAGAAAUUGGAGCUAUCGUGCUGAGUAUUUUCAUUGAAUCAGGUUGCCUCUUCUUCAUUGUUGUAACUUAUGUUUAUAUUUUCAGCGCUGUGUUAAAAAUGCCUUCUAUUCAGGGAAGGCAAAAAGUCUUCUCAACUUGUCUUCCUCACCUCAUUGUUAUCUCCAUGUUGUUAUUAACUGGGUGGUUUGCUUACCUAAGUCCUAUGUAUAGUACCACAUCACAGCAAGAUUUGUCUUUUGCUGUGAUAUAUUCUGUGGUUCCACCACUGCUGAACCCAGUGAUCUACAGCAUGCGAAACAAGGAUAUGAAAAUUGCCUUGUCAAAAUUGCUCUUCAUUGGCAAACCUGGGAUGGUGACUUGCCUUCUACGGCAAACAGCCUUUGGCAUUGUAUUCUCGGUUGCAGUUUCUUCUGUGCUGGCAAAGACCAUCAUUGUGAUCUUGGCCUUUCUGGCCACAAAGCCAGGUGAACAGCAAACUUUCUACAUGAAACUGAGGGUGAUAAUAGUCUUUGUAAUAGAUGGCGCUAUGACAACUUAUCUAUCUUAUUGCAGUCCAGUGUAUAAAAAUUAUCAGCAUGUCCUCACAUUUAUUUUUGCCAUUCAUGAGAUCAAUAAGAAUCCCAGGCUGUUGCCCAAUGUCACUUUGGGAUUCCACAUCUAUGACAACCUUUUUGAUGCAAGAACUAUAUAUGAGACCACCCUGGACCUACUGUUCUCAAAGCAAAUGAAUGCAAUUAAUAAUUAUGAUAUGAAUAAGGAUGUGUUGUCUAUCAUUGGAGGUCUCACUGUAGAAGAUGCCUAUCAGAUGGCCACCAUCUUGAAUCAGUACAAGAUACCACAGGUGUGUUUGUCUCCAGUCUUCUUAUCUGCUCCUUUACGUGAAUGGAAUUUGUGA